GUAUUUGUGAGAAGGACAAAAGACAGAGUCACCUCUGCAUGUGCAAACAAAGGGGACCUGCCUUAACGAGUCUGACAGGAUAAAGCCAAGGUCGGACUCCGUCAAACGUAAUCCGCAGGAGUCGAUACCGAGGCACCACCACCGAUUGAGAACCCCCCGAACGCCCGAGCCAACAAUCUUGUCGCGGUCGGUCGUCAGCAAGCAAGCAGGUGACCGAUUCUCACACGCUCUUGUCAGGCUUCGACCGCUGCUUCAACCGCCUUCCACGACCGUUCUCCAUCCAACCGUCACACACGAACGUAAGAAGGCCUCCUUCACCUCUGCCGAGUGACCCUUCCUUCUUUCCCCUUCCAGCCUUGGUUGCGUGGAUUUUACUCGACCCCCAGACUGUCUUUGCGAUAGAAGAUUCCCGGCAGUCAUUUUGCUCUUCCCGAAUCUUUGUUGUCAACAGAGACACUCCGAUUACGCACGACCCACAAACAACGACGACGACCAAGACGGACGGUGGUGUGGGCAAAACCAGUGUACUACGUUAAGCACAACAAUAGAAAUGGGUCUGAAAUAUAAUACAUACCUCGACGGCACCAAGAUCUACGGCUGCUAUAAAUGUCAUGCACACCUAGCAGACCACGAUCACAUCCUCAGCCGAAACUUCCGCGGCCAGCACGGCAAAGCCUACCUCUUCAACACAGUCGUCAACAUCAACUCCUCCGACCCAUCCGAGCGUAACAUGACCACGGGCCGCCACGUGGUCCGAGAUAUCUCCUGUCGGGGCUGCGGCGAGGUCGUUGGCUGGAAGUAUGACAGAGCCUACGAGACGUCCGAGAAAUACAAGGAGGGCAAGUUCAUCCUGGAGGCAGAGCUACUCAUGGUGGUGAGCUGAUAAAGGUGGACGCGGAGAGGGUGAGGAGGGGGGAGGCCGGCGUCAAACGAGAACACUGGCCUAGGACGGGGACAAACAAUACACUGGGGGUCGUGUUAAGGCUGUGGGAUUUUCAAAGAGAGAGAGUGUGCCGGAGGGGGGGGGGGGUCGAAGCCGUUUCGGGACAUGUGCAACUUGGCCAUGCGGCUGGCACAGUACUGUAAACGAGGACGGAGGCUGAGCCAAAUUUUCACUUGCAUAUACAUCUGCUUUUCUUCUUUUUCUGCUGGAGUUUUGAGGUGCACGGGUUGGAUGGACCAUUGGAUGGCGAACUGAUUUUGCUAGAAAUGAAUCUGUUGUUUGCCUUUGGCCAUCAGACCGGAGAAGACAAGGUUGUUAGAGGUUGCUGAUGCAGUAGUAUCAAUCAUUCAGUUAUUCGUCUCCUCC